GGCGAGGAGGAGGGCAAGGGAGGCAAGCAAGGAGAGAGGCGAGAAGAAGGGGAAGCAGAAGCAGAAGCAGAAGAUGCUCCUCCUGCUGCUCCUGCCGGGCUGGGCGGCUGAAGAGGGCGGCUGAGCAGCUCGGGAGCCUCGCCUGCCUGGACCCGGGAUGCUCCCUCCUCUGCUGCCUGCCAAGAGGGAAGAAGAAGAGGAGGAGGAGGAAGAAGAAGAAGAGGGCUGCCCCCCUGCGCUCUCCCUCCGCUUGGCUGCUGGUGCUGCUGGUGGCGUUGGGCAAGAGGGGCGCCACCCGUGAGCUGCUCAGGUGCCAGGCAGGUGGGCAAGCCAAGGGCAGCCUUGGAGGAGGAGGAGGAGGAGGAGGAAGAGGAGGAGGGCUCCGGCCAAGAGAGAGCAGCAGCAGCAGCGGCGGCGGCGGCGGCGGCAUCAGCGGAGGCUUGGCUGGAGAGCGGGUCCGUCGCGGGAGGCGAGGAGCGGGGCAUGUGGAUGCGGGCCGCCCUCUUGCUCCACAGCAUCCUCCAUGUUUUUGGUGAAGAUCUACAUGCCAGCUUAUAUUUUGUCAAUGCAUCUUUGCAAGAGGUAGUGUUUGCAAGCACCACAGGGACACUGGUGCCCUGUCCAGCUGCAGGGAUCCCUCCUGUGACGCUCAGAUGGUACCUAGCAACGGGCGAGGAGAUCUACGAUGUUCCAGGGAUCCGCCACGUCCACCCUAAUGGCACUCUCCAAAUUUUCCCUUUCCCUCCUUCAAGCUUUAAUAACUUAAUCCAUGAUAACAUUUACUAUUGCACAGCUGAAAAUCCUUCAGGGAAAAUCAGAAGUCAGGAUGUUCACAUUAAGGCCGUUUUACGAGAACCAUAUACAGUCCGUGUGGAGGACCAGAAAGCCAUGAGAGGCAAUGUAGCGGUCUUCAAGUGCAUUAUCCCCUCCUCUGUGGAGGCAUACAUCACUGUUGUCUCAUGGGAGAAAGACACAGUUUCACUCGUCUCAGGAUCUAGAUUUCUCAUCACAUCCACGGGAGCCUUGUAUAUUACAGAUGUACAGAAUGAAGAUGGAUUGUAUAACUACCGAUGUAUCACACGGCACAGAUACACUGGAGAAACACGACAGAGCAACAGCGCUAGGCUUUUUGUAUCAGACCCAGCAAACUCGGCUCCAUCUAUUCUGGAUGGUUUUGAACACCGUAAAGCCAUGGCAGGACAGCGAGUGGAGCUGCCUUGCAAAGCAUCUGGACACCCAGCACCAAAAUACCGCUGGCUGAAGAACAAUGUUCCCUGGGAGCUUGACAGCAGAUUCCGGCAAACAGUGACUGGUCUACUGAUAGAGAACACACGCCCAUCAGACUCAGGCAACUAUGUAUGUGAAGUGUGGAACAAUUAUGGUACUGCUGAAGUGAUAGGCCGCUUACACGUAAAACAGCCUCUCAAAGCCACCAUCAGUCCAAGGAAAGUUAAGAGCAGUGUCGGUAGUCAAGUGUCCUUGUCCUGCAGUGUGACUGGAACAGAGGACCCUGAACUUUUCUGGUAUCGAAAUGGUGAAAUUAUCAACACUGGGAAUAAUGUGAGGAUCAUUGGAGUCAAUCAUGAGACCCUUAUUAUGGAUGGCAUGGCCAAAAGUGAUGGUGGGGCAUACCAGUGUUUUGUACGGAAGGACAAGAUGUCUGCACAAGACUAUGUUCAUGUGGUGCUAGAAGAUGGAACUCCCAAAAUAAUUUCAGCCUUCAGUGAGAAAGUGGUAAGUCCAGGAGAGGGUGUUUCUCUGAUGUGCAAUGUGAAAGGAACUCCUCUUCCUACAAUCACUUGGACUUUGGACGAAGAUCCCAUUAUCAAAGAUGGCAACCACCGGAUCAGCCAGAUCAUCACCUCUGAAGGCAACGUGGUCAGCUACCUGAAUAUCUCCAGCACUCAGGUCCGAGAUGGAGGAGUCUAUCGUUGUACUGCCAACAAUUCUGCUGGAGUCGUCCUCUACCAGGCUCGAAUAAACGUAAGAGGACCGGCAAGCAUUCGACCAAUGAAAAAUAUCACAGCAAUAGCAGGGCGGGAUACCUUCAUUCACUGUCGUGUCAUUGGCUACCCCUACUACUCAAUCAAGUGGUACAAGAAUUCUAACCUACUUCCUUUUAACCAUCGCCAAGUAGCUUUUGAAAACAAUGGAACAUUAAAACUCUCAGAUGUGCAGAAAGAGGUGGAUGAGGGUGAAUACACAUGCAACGUUCUGGUUCAGCCACAGCUUUCCACCAGUCAGAGCGUACAUGUGACUGUAAAAGUGCCCCCUUUUAUUCAGCCCUUUGAAUUUCCAAGGUUUUCCAUUGGACAGAGAGUCUUUAUUCCAUGUGUUGUGGUCUCAGGGGAUUUGCCAAUCACAAUCACCUGGCAGAAGGAUGGCAGGCCAAUCCCAGCCAGUCUUGGAGUGACCAUUGACAACAUUGACUUCACCAGCUCCUUAAGGAUUUCUAAUCUUUCCCUCAUGCACAAUGGGAAUUAUACCUGUAUAGCUCGAAAUGAUGCCGCAGCAGUAGAGCACCAAAGCCAAUUAAUUGUGAGAGUUCCCCCCAGAUUUGUGGUUCAGCCAAGUGAUCAAGAUGGGAUUUAUGGAAAAGCUGUGAUUCUCAACUGCUCUGCAGAAGGCUAUCCUGUCCCUACAAUUGUCUGGAAGUACUCCAAAGGUGCUGGAGUUCCCCAGUUCCAACCAAUUGCCUUGAAUGGGCGUAUCCAGCUUCUCACAAAUGGCUCCCUGUUGAUCAAGCAUGUACUGGAGGAAGAUAGUGGAUACUACCUCUGCAAGGUCAGCAAUGAUGUGGGGGCUGACGUCAGCAAGUCCAUGUACCUCACUGUUAAAAUUCCUGCUAUGAUAACCUCCUAUCCAAACACAACUUUGGCAACACAGGGUCAAAAGAAAGAGAUGAGUUGCACAGCUCAUGGAGAAAAACCCAUCAUAGUCCGUUGGGAGAAAGAAGACAGAAUAAUCAAUCCUGAAAUGUCCCGCUAUCUUGUAUCUACAAAGGAAGUGGGUGAUGAAGUGAUCUCAACUCUACAGAUUUUACCAACUGUGCGAGAAGACUCUGGUUUUUUCUCCUGCCAUGCCAUCAAUUCAUAUGGAGAGGACCGUGGAAUAAUUCAGCUCACUGUGCAAGAACCCCCAGAUCCUCCAGAAAUUGAAAUCCGAGAAGUGAGAGCACGCAGCAUUGCCCUCAGAUGGACCAUGGGAUUUGAUGGAAACAGUCCGAUUACAGGCUAUGAUAUAGAAUGCAAGAACAAGUCUGACUCCUGGGAUUCUGUCCAAAGAACCAAAGAUGUUUCUCCACAACUGAACCAGGCUACUAUUAUUGACCUUCAUGCUUCCUCUACCUACAAUAUCCGCAUGUAUGCAAAAAAUCGCAUUGGCAAGAGUGAGGCUAGCAAUGAACUCACCAUUACCACAGAUGAAGCAGCUCCUGAUGGACCACCUCAAGAUGUUCAGCUUGAGCCCAUUUCUUCACAAAGCAUUCGGGUAACCUGGAAGGCUCCAAAGAAACACUUGCAAAAUGGAAUUAUUCGUGGAUACCAGAUUGGUUACCGGGAAUACAGUGCAGGGGGCAAUUUCCAGUUCAACAUCAUCAGCAUUGAUACCACCGGGGACAGUGAAGUUUACACUUUAGAUAACCUGAAAAAAUUUACGCAAUAUGGCAUGGUGGUACAGGCAUGUAAUCGAGCAGGCAUAGGGCCAUCAUCUCAGGAAAUUAUCACUACUACUCUUGAGGAUGUUCCCAGUUCCCCACCUGAGAAUGUCCAAGCCAUCGCAACUUCACCUGAAACCAUCUCUAUUACUUGGUCUACACUUGCCAAAGAUGCUCUCAAUGGAAUUCUACAGGGAUUUAGGGUUAUAUAUUGGGCUAAUCUUUUGGAUGGAGAGCUGGGAGAAAUUAAAAAUGUUACCACUACACAGCCCUCAUUAGAGCUUGAUGGUCUGGAAAAGUACACCAACUAUAGCAUUCAGGUGCUGGCAUUCACACGAGCUGGAGAUGGGGUCAGAAGUGAGCAGAUUUUCACACGUACAAAAGAGGAUGUUUGGGAAUAUUUGUCUCUCCUGUCACAGGUAAUCAGCGAGUUUGAAGCUUCUCCUGACUCAUUUUCCUACAGAAUCCCCAACUUGAGUCGGAAUCGACAAUACAGUGUCUGGGUGGUUGCUGUGACAGCUGCAGGAAGGGGCAAUAGCAGUGAAAUUAUCACCGUGGAACCUUUAGCUAAAGCUCCAGCCCGAAUUCUGACAUUCAGUGGCACAGUGACAACCCCAUGGAUGAAGGAUAUUAGUCUCCCAUGUAAAGCUGUUGGGGAUCCUGUACCUACAGUGAAAUGGAUGAAAGAAAGUAACGGGACACCCAGUCUAGUGAUGAUUGAUGGGCGAAGAAGCAUCUUUAGUAAUGGCAGCUUUGUCAUCCGUACUGUGAAAGCAGAGGAUUCAGGAUAUUACAGCUGUGUGGCCACAAACAACUGGGGAUCAGAUGAAAUCAUUUUGAAUAUGCAGGUCCAAGUUCCACCAGACCAACCGAGGCUUACUGUGUCCAAAACCACAUCUUCUUCAAUCACUCUUUCCUGGAUACCUGGAGACAAUGGAGGCAGCUCUAUUCGAGGUUAUAUACUUCAGUAUUCAGAGGACAACAGUGAGCAGUGGGGUAGUUUUCCAAUUAGCCCUAGUGAACGUUCCUACCGUUUAGAGACACUGAAGUGUGGUACAUGGUAUAAGUUCACGCUGACAGCCCAGAAUGGAGUGGGACCAGGACGCAUCAGUGAGAUCAUAGAAGCCAAAACACUUGGAAAAGAACCACAGUUUUCAAAAGAACAAGAACUCUUUGCCAGUAUUAACACCACUCGGGUACGAUUGAACCUUAUUGGCUGGAAUGAUGGUGGUUGUCCAAUCACUUCAUUUACUCUGGAAUACAGACCAUUUGGGACCACAGUAUGGACAACGGCUCAGAGAACAUCUCUUACAAAAUCAUAUAUAGUGUAUGAUCUUCAGGAAGCAACCUGGUAUGAACUGCAAAUGAGGGUCUGUAAUAGUGCUGGGUGUGCCGAGAAGCAGGCCAAAUUUGCAACACUCAACUAUGAUGGGAGUACAAUCCCUCCACUCAUUAAAUCAGUUGUCCAAAGUGAGGAAGGUCUGGCAACCAAUGAAGGGCUAAAGAUGCUGGUGACCAUUUCCUGUAUCUUGGUUGGGGUCUUGCUGCUUUUUGUGCUUCUGCUGGUUGUGAGAAGGAGGAGGAGGGAACAGAGACUAAAGAGACUCAGAGAUGCAAAGAGUUUGGCUGAAAUGCUUAUGAGCAAGAAUACAAGGACAUCUGACACACUUAACAAGCAACAGCAGACACUGCGAAUGCAUAUAGAUAUUCCCAGAGCUCAGCUUCUGAUUGAAGAGAGGGACACAAUGGAGACAAUUGAUGACAGAUCAACAGUCUUGCUAACUGAUGCUGAUUUUGGAGAGACAUCAAAACAGAAAUCACUGACUGUUACCCAUACAGUACAUUAUCAGUCUGUCUCACAGGCCACUGGGCCACUGGUGGAUGUUUCUGAUGCCCGGCCAGGAACAAACCCUACAACAAGAAGGAAUGCAAAGGCUGGGCCUACUGCUCGGAACAGAUAUGCCAGCCAAUGGACUCUCAACAGACCUCAUCCAACUAUAUCAGCACACACCUUAACAACAGAUUGGAGGCUACCAACCCCCAGAGCCACAGGGUCUGUGGAUAAAGAAAGUGACAGCUAUAGUGUCAGUCCAUCACAAGAUACAGAUCGAGCAAGAAGCAGCAUGGUCUCCACAGAAAGUGCCUCCUCUACAUAUGAAGAGCUAGCACGAGCGUAUGAACAUGCCAAGAUGGAAGAACAGCUGCGACAUGCCAAGUUUACCAUCACGGAAUGCUUCAUAUCAGACACUUCAUCAGAGCAGCUUACAGCAGGGACUAAUGAGUACACAGACAGCCUGACCUCAAGCACCCCGUCUGAAUCGGGGAUCUGCAGGUUCACUGCAUCACCUCCCAAACCUCAGGACGCAGGACGCGUGACAAACAUGGCUGUUCCAAAGGCACAUCGGCCAGGUGACAUCAUGCAUUUGCCGCCGUAUCUUAGAAUGGACUUUUUGUUAAAUCGAGGUGCUGCAGGCACAAGUAGAGACCUGGGUUUAGGACAGACCUGUCUGGAACCUCAGAAAAGCCGAACCUUGAAGCGCCCAACAGUUUUGGAGCCCAUACCUAUGGAAGCUCCAUCCACAAGAGAAGGACAGUCAUGGCAAGCUGGUGCCGUAGCAACAUUACCUCAGCGAGAAGGAGCUGAGCUAGGACAGGCAGCUAAAAUGAGCAGCUCCCAAGAAUCUCUUCUGGACUCCCGGAGCCACUUGAAAGGAAACAAUCCCUACGCAAAAUCUUACACCCUGGUAUAACAAAAGAGCAUAGCUGGACAGCUGCUGUAAAUACUUAACAAUUAUUUAAAAAUCCAAUCAAAGCUACCUUUUUUAUUGAAUUCCAAUAUUUAUAAUUAAAGAAGAAGAUUGCCAAAAUAUUUGGGACAAAAUGCAACCUACAGACAGUGCAAAGACUCUCUGGCUUUUUUUCUGUCUGAGUGUGAGCUUCAUCUAACUGGGCCUCCUGAAAUUUUUGGGAAAAGGGAGCCUAGUUUUUCUGAUAUUCACAAGCUUUUGUGUUUCUACUGAUUUUCUACAAAGUGCAUGGGGACUAAAUAAAAUAUUUUAAACUGGGAGUUCCAUCACACACAAGUAAGGAGGAGGAAAACAAUUUGGGGAGGGGGGAAUCACCCUAUUUGUGGAUUUAACAGGGAUAUUUAUUUGAGAAGGCAAAAAAGUAUUUUGUCAUGUUUUGCACAAUUUUUUUAAAACUAGGAAAUGGGUCCUUCCCUAAUCAGUUUUUCUUUCUUUCUUUCUUUCUUUCUUUCUUUCUUUCACUGUUACUUAGGAAGAACGCUGUGAGUCAGUGGAAUGGGGAAGGGAGGGGGAAAUCAAUUUGGGUUUUUGCAUUUCUUUUCCUUUUUUUCUAUUAAUUUAAUGAGACACUCUUUGCAUUUUGUCUUUGCGAAAUAAAACGGUCUUCUGCCUUUAUCUAUGUGUCUGCCUUGCCUUGCCUUGUUUUCACUUAAGCUGUAUUUAUUCAGCACUUUGUACAAUUUUAACUUCUGCUCACUUAACUGAAGCAACUUUUCCUUAACUACUGCAGUGGUAAAAAUAAUACUCAGGGACCUUUCUAAGGAAAGGGAGCUGUUUCAAUUGAAAUUUCAAACAUUUUCUAUAGGUCAGAUUGGCUAGAGGCUGAAAGUGGGUGUGGAGUGUUUCCUUUUCAUUUCUGCAUUUUAAGCAGGCAAUUUACAUUAGUUCU